UCUGUCAGGACUUUCGUUUUCAUUUCUUGGCUUGAAACUGAGUUGAUGUCGGUGGAUUGAAGAAACAUGGCAGGUUUAGAGGUGUUGUACACCUGCGUCAAAGACAGCAUCAGCUGUCCGCAGGACGCCGUGGUGUGUUUCGUCCACUGGGAGAUGAUAAAGAGCGGAUACAGGUGUGUCGGAACUGGAGACGAGCCUCGCAGCAGUGAUAAGAAGUCGGAGCUCCUUCCUGCUGACUGGAGCAGCAACAAGGAGCUGUACAGCCUACGGUACAAAGCCAAGGACACCGACAACCAGAUGCUGCUCAAAGCCAUCACUGUCGACUCCACCUUGAUCUUCAACCUGAUGAACUCGAGCACGCAGCAGGUGUCAGACUUGACCGUGAACAUCAGCGAUCACGUGGAUGCCGACCAGCUGCACACGUUUGACAGCGUGUUCAAGAACACAGACAGUCUGUCAGAGAAGGUGAAGACUCAGCUGCUGCCCUCCCAGGACAGAUCAGCGGGCCAGAGGAAGAGUCGGAGGGAGGAGGAAGAGGAGGCUCAGAGGAGAAGAGGAGAUGACAGCGACCCCCUCCGGAUCCCCGGCAGACAUCCUCGUCAGGGAACUCAGCCGCACUGGCCCGACCCCAUGGUUCCGCCGUUCGCCGCUGGAGGAGCAGAUCUGGAUCCGUUUGGAUCUCGCAGUGGUGGGAUGAUAGUCGACCCGUUGAGGUCAGGGUAUCCUCGCUCCGGCUUUGACCCUUCUAGCGGCAUCCCAGACAUCCUGCCUCCUGGAGCCGUUCCCCCGGGAGCUCGCUUCGACCCGUUUGGACCCGUCGGACGUCACAGACCAGGGCCCGAUCCAGACCACAUGCCCCCACCUGGCUACGAUGACAUGUUCAUGUAGUUCCCGUUUGCUACUCUCAUCCUUUCCUCUGGCCGACAGCAGCCGUCUUAACCUGCUCGAGGGUUUGGUUUCACCCAGUUUAGUGGCCCACAAGUGUAUGUUUUCUGCUAUGUUUGAGGAAGUUUGUUUUCUGAGUUUUCAUUCCACAUAACAUAUAUACAACUUACCUAAAAGAACCCUGUUUCCUGAUGUUAAAAACAAAUGGAUCAAAUAUGCAUCAGUUUGAAAUAGAAGCUGUUAUUGAUGUCAAACCGACUCUAAAGAAAACACUAUGUUGGACUACAAGUUUGAAUGAGGACAUAGAUGCUUAAACUCAUAUUUUGUCUUAAAUGCUAAACAUUUGUGAGUUUCAUUAUUGUGAAGCAGUGAGGCGACGUUUGGAUCGGUGAGUCCAGCGGUGUUCAUUUAGCUGAAAGGUCACAGCUUCUGACGUAGCAGUCGGUGUAGAUUCUCAUCUCAUUAAACUUCAUCUUACAGUUCUGAUUUAUUAAUAUAAGAGGAAAUUUUCUCUCUUUUUUUUUUGCAUUUCUCUUGUGGAUAUAUUGAAAAAAAGCUUGAAAUAUGGUUCUUUGCAGUUGUUUUUGUUCAGUUUGUUGUUAAUUAAAAUUGAAUUGAUUGAUGAUCUCAUGCCAAAAUACUCAAAUAAAAACCUCUGAGUUUA